CUUUAGCUUCUCAUCAGCACAGCAAGACUUUCAGGGGUGCUACAGAGAUCAGAGGAAGAGAAAGAUGGGUGAUGUUAUAGUUGCUUCACUUGUGAUCGUGUCCCUCUUGGUUUCCUUGGUGGAUGCUCAUGCUCUGAGUGUAGAUUACUACGCGAAGACGUGCCCAGAUGUGGAUGCCAUUGUCGCAAAGGUGGUGAAGAAGGCCGCCAUGGGAGACUCAACUGUCCCUUCCGCAUUGCUUCGGAUGCAUUUUCACGAUUGCUUUAUCAGAGGUUGUGAUGGAUCGGUGCUGCUGAAUUCGACUAAGACCAACAAAGCCGAGAAAGAUGGAACUCCCAACAUCUCUCUGCAUGCGUUCUACGUGAUCGACCACGCGAAGGAGGAGCUUGAGGCUGCCUGCCCCGGUGUGGUCUCAUGUGCUGACAUCAUUGCUCUUGCUGCUAGAGAUUCAGUGGCUCUUUCGGGAGGACCAAGUUGGGAGGUGCCCAAAGGAAGGAAAGAUGGAAGAAUUUCCAUAGCCAACGAGACUAAACUCCUGCCACCUCCCACUUUCAAUUUCUCUCAGCUGAUUCAGAGCUUCUCUCAAAGGGGACUUUCCCUCCAGGAUUUGGUAGCACUCUCAGGUGGGCACACCCUUGGCUUCGCGCACUGUUCAUCGUUCCAGAACAGAAUCCACAAAUUCAACUCGAGCUUCGACGUGGAUCCGGCAAUGGAGCCGCAGUUUGCCGCGAGUCUGAGGCAGACAUGCCCCAUACACAACAAGGCAAGAAAUGCAGGCUCAAUCAUGGACCCAACUGCCACAGUGUUUGACAACAUGUACUACAAGCAUCUGGUGCAGGGGAGAGGCCUCUUCACCUCUGACCAGGCCUUGCUCAGUAACCUGGAAAGCAAGAACCUGGUGCACAAGUUUGCUGAGUCCCAGGAGGCGUUUGAGAAGGCCUUUGUGAAGUCGAUUCUCAAGAUGGGCAGCCUUGUUGGGGAGGGUGAGGUGAGACUCGACUGUAGAGUUGUGAGGUAAUAGAGGAGAAAGGCAGUCAGAUUCUUUGGUCUUGUCUCUUUGAAGUUAUUGGUUUUGGGUUCAGAUGCGUGUGGUUUCAUGGUUUUUAGUGUUUGUGAGAGAAGAUGAAGAAUGCUAAGUGAUUCCUUUUCUUUUCUUUUGUGGUCAUAAGGCAGAUGCCUAUGCCUGUAUGCUUCUUCAAGUGUUAUUGAACAAGAAAUCUGUUUGUUUUUUCUU